CGCGGAGGGGGGGGGCUAUGUAAGGCCAUAGAUAAGCCGAUUUGGGUCUUUUUGUUCGUGACCUCUGUGCGGAUAGCAUCUCUCUAAUCACACAGUACCUGAGCGAGCAUAAAAGAUAACCUUGAGACGGCGAUAUAAAAUAUUUCGCACCGCGGCAUAAAAUAUACAACCAUAACCUCAAUUAGCAAUUAUUGAAUUAAAUAUUCGCCAUACACGUUGACCAUUUUCCGGAAACGGAUAAUUAUUAUUUUAUUUUUAAUUAAGUAUUUAUUUUAAUCAUGGAUUCUAUUAACCCAGAAAAAAUUGAUAAAUGCAUAAACGAUGCAAUGCCUAAUAUAAUACAUGCAUUAUGGAAUACUAUGUUGAAAAAUAAUAUUUUAAACCAGGAUGAUGUUAAUAUACUGACAUCUGAGGAUCAAGAGGAAAAUUUAGAAAAAAAGCGGGAAAUAAUGAUGAAAAUAGGCCAAGUUGGGGAACAUGUCAGCGAAAAUUUUUGUGACCGUUUUUCGAACACUGACGACAAUAAAUUUUAUCGAAUGAUUGAAAAAGCCCAACUGGUUUGUAAGACCGAUGAUGAUAAUAGGUAAGUCAAAAAAAACAUCUUAUGAGUAUGCAAACAAUUGCUAAUCAAUGGCCGAUGGAAAUAAGGAAAGUUUUGAUGGAAAAAUGCAAAUUUGAAAAGAUUAGUUUCUAUAAUGAAACAUACUAAGAUUUAAAAGACGAAGUGUUUAAAUCAGUUAUGAGUCACACGACGUUUAUUGAGAGGAAAAUAAUUUGAAUUUAUGAACGAAAAUGAAUCUGAGAAGAGGUCCAAGAAUUAUUUUUAAAUAAAUUGGAUUAAUUUGAAUUUCAUUGAAGCGCAUUAAAUAAUUUAUAAAUUAUAAGUAAUGAGUAAUGAGUUGAAACGGAAUACACACGAAAAGUAUAUUAAGUAAAUCUUGCUGAGUAAGAAUUGAUAUGGAAAAUUUAUGAAGAUUUAUAAUAUAUAUAUAUAUAUAUAUAUAUUGAUAAUUAAAAGGCUGAUAGCCAGAGACUACUCAUUACUAUAACUAUAAAUAUUUAAAAGGCAACGAAAUACUUGAAAAUAGAUUUUAUGAAUUAUUUAUAAUAUAUAUAAUUGUGUCCUACUGAAUAGUAAAGAGAAUUGAGAUUCGACGAAUUAAACAAUGAAUUGAUAAUUUUUUUUUUAAUAUUAUAAACCAUCAAAAGGCUAAGUAUUUUUUUUUUUUUUUUUUUUUUUUUUUUUUUACAAUAAUGAUUUCAUCUUAUUGUUAUUGUUAAUAUAUGGGUUUGUUGAUUUACAUACAUAGUUAUUUUUUUUCACAGGGAUGAUGAGUUAGAAAAUCCUCUAUGGAAUGCUCAGGAGCUUUUGAAUGUUAAAGUCGAAAAAAUAGCGAAGGGAAACAUUAUACCGGAGCAUAUACUCAGAAGCAAUCCAAGAGGCUUAGUAUUGUUGAUAACAAUGAUUGACUAUAACGAUCCAAAGCGCAAUCGAACAUCUGCUAAAUGUGAUAAUAAAAAAUUAUUUAAAUUAUUUCAACAAUUUGGUUUUCGAGUUAUUGAAAAAACUAAUAUCACUGUUAAUAAGUUGAAUAAAUUUUUAAAAAAAUAUUCAAAAUAUUCAUUACUUAAUAAAGUAGAUUCAUUAUUUGUCGUAAUAUCAGCACACGGUGGAUCUAGUAAUGAUGAAAAUAAUAAUAGUGUGAUUGAGUUUACCGAUGGUCUAAUACCAUGCAGUGAAAUAAUUAAUUAUUUUUCGGUCGAAAAUUGUCCUACUAUGGCUGGGAAACCAAAAUUAUUUUUUUUUCAAACAUGCAGAGCUCGAGAACACAAUCAAAAUAUCGAUAAUCCUUUAAAGGAUUUAGAUAUUAACAAACUAGAUAAUAAAUAUAUGAAAGUUAAUGACAAAGGAGAACGUAAUUUUUCUGAUAUUUUUGUUGUGCACUCAACUUUGCCGAACCAUAUAUCGUAUCGUAAUAAAAAAUAUGGUUCGUAUUUUAUCCAAAUACUCUGCGAUGUUUUUCAAAAUUAUGCUUGCCGUUAUUCAGUACAGGAUUUACUGCUACUAAUUGAUGCUGAGAUGGCAAAGUUACGGUUCGGUGAAUACACUAAUUCUCAGACGAUUACUGUCAAGACUAUCGGAGUAAAUAAACAAUUAUAUUUAAAUCCUGUGGUUAACAAUAAGCUAGAUUGAGCUUUAGAAUGAUGCAAUAAAAAUUUUGUAACAAACAAUGUUGCAUAUACAAAAUUGACUAUAACUAAUACCACGUUGACGUGGUGGCCAUGGAAUUGUGCCUUAUUGAAAAUAACUCUGUCGCAGGUUCUAAUUUUCCUGCGUUGACUGACUACAAAUUAUAUUUAUUAAAUAUUUAUAAAUAAAUUAUAUAAUUUAUUCUAAUUUUUUUUUUGUACGUUUGUAAGAAAAAACUAAAUAAAAUAUUGAAAAAAACUGA